AUGAGACAGCUCAAACCCUCCCACCCGGACUUCGAGAUCCUCGGCUUCCCCUGCAACCAGUUCGGCGGCCAGGACCCGGGCAGCAACGACGAGAUCCAGUCCUUCUGCCAGCUCAACUACGGCGUCACCUUCCCCGUGCUGGGCAAGAUCGACGUCAACGGCGACAAGGCCGACCCGCUGUACGACUGGCUGAAGAAGAGCAAGCCGGGCAUCAUGGGCCUGCAGCGCGUCAAGUGGAACUUCGAGAAGUUCCUGAUCGGCAAGGACGGCCUCGUCAAGGACCGCUGGGCCAGCACCAGCGGGCCCGCCACCCUGAAGGCCGCCAUCGAGAAGGAGCUGGCGGUCACGCCCGAGGAGAAGCUGUAG